CGGCUGGAAGGCCGCCGUGUUCUCUGCUGCGAUGGGUGGUGUCUUCAUCGGUCUGAUAGAGUCGUUCCAGCACAUGGUCGAGAAGUACAGCAGUCAGUCCAAGCACGAGCAGGAUCAAAUGAUGAUCGAGGCCCAGAAAAAGGCCGAGCAGAGGAAAGAGCAACAACAGAAACAACAACAGAAGCAACAACAGACACAACAGCCACAAAAGAGGAGAGCUCGCAAAGAAGAGGAGGAGGAGAUGCAAUAA